UAGUGACAGUUGAAGUGAAGCAACAUGGCGGCCGCCGGUGGAGUCACCGUGGAAGGAGGAGAUUUAAUGCGAUAUGCGGAGUACAGUCCCAAAACAAAUGUGAGGAGUGAUGCAGAGAUAGACAGACAGCUGGGAAGGACUCUGAUUGCAGUAGGUCUCGGUGUGGCUGCUGCAGGAUUUGCAGGGCGCUAUGCAUUCCAGUUGUGGAAGCCUCUUGGACAAGUCUUCUCUGAAAAAGUCAGGAAGAUGCCCACAUUAGCUUUUUCAGCUUAUUAUAAAGGAGGCUUUGAACAGAAGAUGUCCAAGCGAGAGGCCUGCCUUGUUCUUGGCAUCAGCCCAACCAGCACGAAGGCCAAGGUGCGUGAAGCCCAUCGGAGGAUUAUGGUCCUAAACCAUCCAGAUAAAGGUGGCUCACCGUAUCUUGCUGCUAAGAUCAAUGAGGCCAAAGAUCUUUUAGACAAGGAGACUCGGCGAUGACCUGAAGUUUUAACCCUUUAGAGACUUCCAUCACCUUGUCAACGGUUCAAGCUCCAGACAGAAACACAUCUGAACCUUCAUGCAGACAACCUCUGGGGGAUGAAAGUUAUGAUGUACUACUAUGACUGCGUCGUUGUUUAGUUAUUUGAAACUUUAUUUAUCAGUCUUUUGAACAUAAAAAUAUCUUUAUUAAGAUAUAAUGAUAUUCCAUCUAAAUAAUUCCAUAUAAAUAUCUUUUGUUUGGAGUAAAGGAUAUUUCUGUGCAAUACAUGAGAGUAUAGUCCUCUAGUGGAGCUUUGGUGUGAAUGUUCAAAUGUCAGCCUUUAUGGUACUACAUAAUAUAUGUUAUUUAAGGAACAUGAUGUAUGUAACAGUUUAAGGGUGUGCAUGUAUAAAACAUUGAAAAAGUGGCAAAAUAGUUUUUUUUUAAUAAACUUAAAUCUC